UUGCAAAUAUCAGACGGGACCAGAAGGAGGACAUGGUUAAGAAUUAAAAGUCAACACCACUGGACUAAAGUUAAUAUUGGACUGUGACAGCCCAGGCACAGAUAAAUUCCUUGUCAGCCUAAAGUGUUGUUGUCUUUGUCAACACAUCAGCGGCAGUACUGCAAAUAGAAACUUGAAGUUUAUCUGGGGGACAACAAAGGAAUUUAACAAGGUCAUACUAUGUUUGUAGCUUAAUAAACCGUAACAACGAUGAAGCCUUUAUCUUUCAAAAUCUUCUCACACCAUGUGCUGCUGUGUGUCUUCCUACUGUGGGCUGUCAGUGACUCCAGCACAACAUCAACACCAAGUACAACAGUGAGAGAUUCAAAAGAAACAAGAAUGACAACCACAGUGAUCACUAGUACAGUAACGGUUGCAACAACAAGACCGCCUCCUGAAAAUGUUAAACAUGUGAAUGUGUUAACACGAACUGAGACCAGUAUAACUCUCAUGUGGGACAAGGUAAACGGAAGCUCCACAUACUUCCUAAAAUAUGAUUACAAUGGAGCUGUCAAGGAGGAAAAUAUCACUGUAUCUGAUGAAGCGGCAACAGUGACACAUCUGGUUACACCUUUGACUGCUGGGACAAAAUACAGUUUCAUUCUUAUCACUGAGUCUAAUGAAGUCAAAAGCACUGGAUACGAAUAUGAAGCUGUCACUAUGCCGGUUGACACAGACGAAUUAGAAACACUUACACAAACUGAGACCAGUAUAACUCUGCGGUGGCAUAAAGUGAAUGGCACCAUCGACUAUACACUUGUGUUUAAUGGAAAGGAGGAAAAUGUCACUGCAUCAGAGGGACCUCAAGUGACACAUGAAAUCUCAAAUCUCAUAAGUGGGACUAAAUACGUUUUCACUCUCUUCACUGUGUUGGAAAAUGUCAGAAGCAGCGGAGUAAACCACAUAGCAGCCACUGCUCCUGAAAAUGUUAAACAUGUGAAUGUGUUAACACGAACUGAGACCAGUAUAACUCUCAUGUGGGACAAGGUAAACGGAAGCUCCACAUACUUCCUAAAAUAUGAUUACAAUGGAGCUGUCAAGGAGGAAAAUAUCACUGUAUCUGAUGAAGCGGCAACAGUGACACAUCUGGUCACACCUUUGACUGCUGGGACAAAAUACAGUUUCAUUCUUAUCACUGAGUCUCAUGAAGUCAACAGCACUGGAUACAAAUUUGAAGCCGUCACUAUGCCGGUUGACACAGACAAAUUAGAAACACUUACACAAACUGAGACCAGUAUAACUCUGCGAUGGAAUAAAGUGAAUGGCACCACCAACUAUACACUUGUGUUUAAUGGAAAGGAGGAAAAUGUCACUGCAUCAGAGGGACCUCAAGUGACACAUGAAAUCUCAGAUCUCACAAAUAUGACUGAAUACAAUUUCACUCUCUUCACUGUGUUUGAAAAUAUAAGGAGCAGAGGCAAAAACACCACUGCAGUUACUGCUCCUCCUAAUGCUAAGGGGCGCGAAACACUUAGACAUACUGAGACCAGUAUAACUCUGCGGUGGAAUAAAGUGAACGGCAUCCUCGACUAUACACUUGUGUUCGAUGGAAAGGAGGAAAAUGUCACUGCAUCAGAGGGACCUCAAGUGACACAUGAAAUCUCAAAUCUCAAAAGUGGGACUAAAUACGUUUUCACUCUCUUCAGUCUGUUUAAAAAUGUCAGAAGCAGCGGAGUAAACCACACAGCAGCCACUGCUCCUGAAAAUGUUAAACAUGUGAAUGUGUUAACACGAACUGAGACCAGUAUAACUCUCAUGUGGGACAAGGUUAACAGAAUCUCCACAUACUUCCUAAAAUAUGAUUACAAUGGAGCUGUCAAGGAGGAAAAUAUCACUGUAUCUGAUGAAGCGGCAACAGUGACAUAUCUGGUCACACCUUUGACUGCUGGGACAAAAUACAGCUUCACUCUUAUCACUGAGUCUAAUGAAGUCAACAGCACUGGAUACGAAUAUGAAGCCGUCACUGUGCCGGUUGACACAGACAAAUUAGAAACACUUACACAAACUGAGACCAGUAUAACUCUGCGAUGGAAUAAAGUGAAUGGCACCACCAACUAUACACUUGUGUUUAAUGGAAAGGAGGAAAAUGUCACUGCAUCAGAGGGACCUCAAGUGAAACAUGAAAUCUCAGAUCUCACAAAUAUGACUGAAUACAAUUUCACUCUCUUCACUGUGUUUGAAAAUAUAAGGAGCAGAGGCAAAAACACCACUGCAGUUACUGCUCCUCCUAAUGCAAAGGUGUCCGAAACAUUUACACAAAAUGAGACCAGUAUAACUCUGCGGUGGAAUAAAGUGAAUGGCAUCCUCGACUAUACACUUGUGUUCGAUGGAAAGGAGGAAAAUGUCACUGCAUCAGAGGGACCUCAAGUGACACAUGAAAUCUCAAAUCUCAUAAGUGGGACUAAAUACGUUUUCACUCUCUUUACUCUGUUUGAAAAUGUCAGAAGCAGCGGAGUAAACCACUCAGCAGUUACUGCUCCAGAAGAUGUUAAGCAUGUGAAUGUGUUAACACAAACUGAGACCAAUAUAACUCUGCAGUGGAACAAAGUGGGUGACAUUCGCGACUAUAUUAUUUUGUUCAAUGGAAGCGAUCUAAACGCCACUGCAUUAGCAGAACCAGAACCAGUGAAAUACACGAUCCCGAAUCUGAACAGUGGGACUAAAUACAAUUUCAGUCUCUUUGCUCUUUUUGAAGAUGUCAGAAGCAGUGGAGUGUAUUACAGUGCAGCCACCGUUCCCUCAAUGGUGACUUUGGUCACUGUGGCUGAACGCUCUGUGACCCACAUAACCUUGCAGUGGAACGUGGAUGUGGAUAAAGACUGGAGCUACCUUCUCAAAAUCAAUGGUGAAGAUCUUUACCCAGAGACACACAGUAGUGUUAUCUCAAAAAAGGUGGCAUCUCUCCAGCCUGGAACUGAGUACCCAUUCACUGUGAUCACAAUGUUCUCUGAACUCAACAGCACUGCAUAUAAAGACUUCACAGUAACAGGCAUAAACUGUGCCACUGUCCAGUGGCAUGUUACUAACUCAUCCAUCCAAGGAAUGGUUAAUGGCUUGUUCACGAUUGCAACAGCCACUAAUAAAUCACAGGCUCACAUCAGCACUGGUGGCAGCAAUGUGUCAUUCACUGGCCUUUACCCCGGUGCAACCUAUGAGGUUUCUCUUAUUUAUGAAAGAAAUUCCAGAGUCUAUCCACAGUGUAACCAUAGCCUGACAAUCAUUCCUCCAGAUUUAAGUGCACACUGUAAAUAUUGGGCAGCUGGCUAUUCUGUCCUUGUUGCCUGGAAUGAAGCGCAUGGUCUCUGGACUGAAGUGGAAGUGACCGUGAUUGGACGAUCAGUACGCUACUUAAUUGAUGCAGACAGCGAACGACAAAUGACAAUAGAUGGAUUCCAACCUGCCAGAACAUAUACAUUGUCUAUAGCUUCCCUGUCUGGGCCUGAAAGGAGGAGUCAACCAUUUGUGUUUUCAUGUCCCACUGAUCCAAGGGGAGUCAUUGGGGGGUCAGUAUUUGCUGUGCUGCUUUUUAUUGUCCUGGUCUGUAUGGCUGUCUUCAUUUUCCUUAAAAGACCAGAUAUUAUCAGCAGAAAAAAGCAAUUUAUUGGUGGUUCUAAAGUACCUAAUAAAAAGGGCAAAGUUAUUUCUGUGGAAAAGUUUCCAGACCACUUCUCACAAUUAAGUGCGGAUGAGAACCGAGGUUUCAGCCAGGAAUAUGAGAGCCUCAGUCCUGUUGGCACGGAGCAGACACGAAAGGAAGCUCUUCUACCUGAGAACAAAGCAAGGAAUCGUUUCACCAAUGUCCUACCAUAUGACUGGUGUCGGGUGAAGCUAACUACAUCAGAUCCCAACGUGACCUCCGACUACAUUAAUGCCAGUUACAUGCCAGGCUACAGCAGCCACAGAGAGUACAUUGCCUCUCAGGGUCCUUUGCCCAGCACUGUAAAUGAUUUCUGGACAAUGAUCUGGGAACAAAGAGUGAAAGGUAUCGUCAUGGUAACCAACUGCACUGAGGGAGGACGGACUAAGUGUGAACAAUACUGGCCCGGAGACAGUGAGUCUUGCCAUUAUGGAGAGCUGUUGGUCACUAUGAGAUCUGAGCAGCAGGAACCCAACUGGACACUGAGGGAAUUUAGGGUGAAACAUAGCAACAAAUCAGAGGAGCGCACAGUGAAACAUUUUCACUUCACUGCCUGGCCUGACCAUGGAGUCCCACAGGGCACAGAAGUCCUGAUCCAGUUCAGAGGACUGGUGAGACAGCACAUACAGAGAGAAGGGGCUGGAACACCGACUGUGGUUCACUGCAGUGCUGGAGUGGGGAGGACAGGCACUAUCAUUGCCCUGGAUGUGCUGCUUCAGCAGCUAGAGAAAGAAAGAGCAGUGGGCAUCAAUGCCUUUGUGCACAAGAUGAGACUGAGUCGACCACACAUGGUGCAGACAGAGUCCCAGUAUGUCUUCCUGCACCAGUGCAUCAUGGACUGUCUGCAGCCAAAUGACAAGACUGAAGAGAACAUAUAUGAGAAUGCAGACAUGAUAUAUGCCAAUGCCACUGCACUCCGAGAGUUUCACAAAAACGCCUAAACUAAACAAUAAUGUGGGAAUAUUGCAGAUUAAUUAAUUAAAAACUAAUUCUAAAGUCUACAUGCUAUAUUUUCUGACUGUAAAUAUGAAAACAUUGAAGUCUUAUAUAUUUACUGUAAAUGCAUAGCACAUUUAAGAUUUUAUUUAACUUAAUUUUCUGUCUUGCAUAUGUCAAUUGUGUUUUAUUAUUAUUAUUAUUAUUAUUACAGCUAUGUGAACACUUCAGGUGACCGAAGAAUGUUUUCAAAUUACAUUUAGAAAGAUUAUGAAAAUGUAGUUAGAAAAGAAUGAUUUCUACUAUCUAUAUAAAUAAAAUAUUUUUUAUUAAUAAAAA